AUGGAGGAAGAAAAGAAGAACGACCAGGCGCGCGUUGGCGAAGCGAAGAAGAAAGAGACUGAGAAGCAGUCUUCGGAAGAGGCAAAAAACGUCAAGGAAGACGCGGAGAAGACUUGCCGGCAAAAGCCGCGCUUCUGGAAGAAGGUUGUGAGGUCGGUGUGCUACCAGAUGAAGGAGGCCUACAGCAGUCGGCAGGAGAAGGUGACCAUGAUGCACAAAGACAUGCUCACGGCUGAACGCACGGAACAGCUGAAAAAGUUUGCCCAGGGCGAAGUGAACGUCUUGGUGUGCACUGACCUGGUGCAACGGGGCCUCGACCUGCCCAACUGCGAGCACGUGGUGAACUUUGACUUCCCGCUGAACUCCAUCGACCCGAUGGACGCGUGGCCGGCCGGCGCGAGCGCGGAGCUGCUGCCGCCCUGCGGCAGCAUCCACCUCCACGGUGGCAAGGCCGGCGUCAAGGACGACAGCUUUGAUCGCUUUCGGAAGAACUUUGUGGAGCAGGGCAAGAAGGCUCUCCCCUACUUCUUCGCGCGAGUGAACAUCGCCAUUGUCAGCUGCGGCUUCCGACCAGACGUGUUCUGGCAGGAGUUAGGCAACGUCACGGAGGUGUCGAUCCAGACCAGGGAGGAUGCCGACUCCCCGCAGCUGGUGGCUGUCAUCGACGCGGCCCAGUGCGUGUGGUUCACCGGCGGGGACCAGUCCCGGUUCCGUGGCUUGCUGCACGGCUCGCAGCUCCAAACAUCGCUGCAGCGCCUUUUGAAGCGCAGCGGCGCCCUCGGCGGUGCUGCGGCCGGGGCGUCUUUGCUGUGCGCCAUCUGCCCCAACUUCGACGAGAUCUUCGAGGGCCUCGACCUCCUUCGAGGUGCCGACGUGUAA